AUGGACGCGCGCGGGGGCGGCGGGCGGCCCGGGGACAGCCCGGCCGCGACCCCCGCGCCGGGGCCGCCGCCGCCGCCGCCGCCGCCCGCGCCCCCCCAGCAGCCGCAGCCGGUCCGGGCCGAGGCGGCGCCCCCCGAGGCGGCGGGCGAGGGCGGCCCGCGGGCCCGGCUGUGCAGCCGCGACAGCUCGUGCGGCCGCCCGGCCACCCCCCGCGACAGCACCGCCAAGGGCAGCCCGAACGGCGAGUGCGGGCGCGGCGAGCCGCAGUGCAGCCCCGCGGGGCCCGAGGGCGCGGCGCGGGGCCCGCAGGUGUCGUUCUCGGGCGGCGAGGACGCGGGCGCGGCGGGGGAGCCGCGCGGCAGCCAGGCCAGCUUCAUGCAGCGCCAGUUCGGGGCGCUGCUGCAGCCCGGCGUCAACAAGUUCUCGCUGCGGAUGUUCGGCAGCCAGAAGGCCGUGGAGCGCGAGCAGGAGCGCGUCAAGUCGGCGGGGGCCUGGAUCAUCCACCCGUACAGCGACUUCAGGUUCUACUGGGACUUCACCAUGCUGCUGUUCAUGGUGGGGAACCUCAUCGUCAUCCCGGUGGGCAUCACCUUCUUCAAGGACGAGACCACGGCCCCGUGGAUCGUGUUCAACGUGGUCUCGGACACCUUCUUCCUCAUGGACCUGGUGCUGAACUUCCGCACGGGCAUCGUGAUCGAGGACAACACGGAGAUCAUCCUGGACCCCGAGAAGAUCAAGCGCAAGUACCUGCGCACGUGGUUCGUGGUGGACUUCGUGUCGUCCAUCCCCGUGGACUACAUCUUCCUCAUCGUGGAGAAGGGCAUCGACUCCGAGGUCUACAAGACGGCGCGGGCGCUGCGCAUCGUGCGCUUCACCAAGAUCCUCAGCCUCCUGCGGCUGCUGCGCCUGUCGCGCCUCAUCCGCUACAUCCACCAGUGGGAGGAGAUCUUCCACAUGACCUACGACCUGGCCAGCGCGGUCAUGCGCAUCUGCAACCUCAUCAGCAUGAUGCUCCUGCUCUGCCACUGGGACGGCUGCCUGCAGUUCCUGGUGCCCAUGCUGCAGGACUUCCCGCGCAACUGCUGGGUCUCCAUCAACGGCAUGGUGAACCACUCGUGGAGCGAGCUGUACUCCUUCGCGCUCUUCAAGGCCAUGAGCCACAUGCUGUGCAUCGGAUACGGGCGGCAGGCGCCCGAGAGCAUGACCGACAUCUGGCUGACCAUGCUCAGCAUGAUCGUGGGCGCCACCUGCUAUGCCAUGUUCAUCGGCCACGCCACCGCCCUCAUCCAGUCACUGGACUCGUCGCGGCGCCAGUACCAGGAGAAGUACAAGCAGGUGGAGCAGUACAUGUCCUUCCACAAGCUGCCCGCCGACUUCCGCCAGAAGAUCCACGACUACUACGAGCACCGCUACCAGGGCAAGAUGUUCGACGAGGACAGCAUCCUGGGCGAGCUCAACGGGCCCCUGCGGGAGGAGAUUGUCAACUUCAACUGCCGGAAGUUGGUGGCCUCAAUGCCAUUGUUUGCCAAUGCUGACCCCAACUUUGUCACAGCCAUGCUGACCAAGCUCAAGUUCGAGGUCUUCCAGCCAGGUGACUACAUCAUCCGUGAGGGCACCAUCGGCAAGAAGAUGUACUUUAUCCAGCAUGGUGUGGUCAGCGUGCUCACCAAGGGCAACAAGGAGAUGAAGCUGUCUGAUGGCUCCUACUUCGGGGAGAUAUGCCUGCUCACACGGGGCCGGCGCACGGCAAGCGUGCGGGCUGACACCUACUGCCGCCUGUACUCGCUGAGCGUAGACAACUUCAAUGAGGUACUGGAGGAGUACCCCAUGAUGCGGCGUGCCUUUGAGACCGUGGCCAUCGACCGCCUGGACCGCAUUGGCAAGAAGAACUCGAUCCUCCUGCACAAGGUGCAGCACGACCUCAGCUCCGGCGUGUUCAACAACCAGGAGAACGCCAUCAUCCAGGAGAUCGUCAAGUACGACCGCGAGAUGGUGCAGCAGGCCGAGCUGGGCCAGCGCGCGGGCCUCUUCCCACCGCCGCCGCCUCCGCAGGUCACCUCGGCCAUCGCCACGCUGCAGCAGGCCGUGGCCAUGAGCUUCUGCCCGCAGGUGGCACGUCCGCUCGUGGGGCCGCUGGCGCUGGGCUCACCGCGCCUGUUGCGCCGCCCGGUCCCGGGGCCCGCGCCCGCUGCAAGCCCCCCGGGCGCGCCCGCCAGCCCCCGGGCGCCGCGGACCUCGCCCCACGGUGGCGCGCCCGGCUCGCCCGCUGCCCCCCGUGCCGGGCCCGCGCUGCCCGCGCGCCGCCUGAGUCGCGCGUCGCGCCCGCUGUCCGCCUCGCAGCCCUCGCUGCCUCACGGAGCACCCGGCCCCGGCCCCGCGGCCUCGGCACGCCCGGCCAGCAGCUCCACGCCGCGCCUGGGGCCCGCGCCCGCCGCCCGGCCCGCCGCGCCCAGCCCGGACCGCAGGGACUCAGCCUCGCCCGGCGCCACCGGCAGCCUCGACCCGCCGGACUCCGCGCGCUCGCGCCUCUCGUCCAACUUGUGACCCUCGCCGCGCCGCCCGCCCGCCCGCGGGCCUCCUCCAGACCAAAGCCAUGCACCGCGCGCUGCCCCGGCCGCCCGCCCCAGAAGCCAUAGACGAGACGUAGGUAGAGUAGCCGGACGCGCGGGCCGGGCCGGCGGGGCAGCCCCCUCCGAGCCCCCGGCCGUCCCCCCUCAUCGCCCUGCGCCCAUCCCCAUCGCCCCUGCUCCUGGAGGCGGCCUCGCGCACGCGAGGGAGCUCCCUUCACCUCGGUGCCUCAGUUUCCCUCACUGUAGAACGGGUCCGUGGCCGAGAGGAGCUGGCCGUGGGGCCCCGCCUGCCCCGAGGACGACCCUGGUCUUUAAGUGCAAUACUCGGCCCGCCGGCUUCCCGACCCCCGCACCGCGCUCGCAAUAACCGGCCCGGCCCUCUCCACGCGUGGCGGGGAGCGCGCGCGCCGGCACCCAGGGCGGGCCACGCCCGGGCGUGGGGGUGAGGCUGGGGUCCCCGCCGUCGUGAUGAAUGUACUGACGAGCCGAGGCAGCAGCGCCCCCACCACGCCCCUCGAGCCCCACACCCCCAUUCCGCGCAAUAAACGACAGCAUUG